CCUUAUUCCAGAGUGUACCUACGUCUCAGCAGCUGGGCUCAAAGGAACCGAUCGAGCACGUCCCCUUCCGGGAGAGGACCCGGACGUGACACAAAGCCUUAUUCCAGAGUGUACCUACGUCCCAGCAGCUGGGCUCAAUGGAACCGACCGAGCACGUCUCCGUCCGGGAGAGGACCCGGACGGGACACAAAGCCUUAUUCCAGAGUGUACCUACGUCCUAGCAGUUGGGCUCAAAGGAACCGACCGAGCACGUCCCCGUCCGGGAGAGGACCCGGACGGGACACAAAGCCUCAUUCCAGAGUGUGCCUACAUCCCAGUAGUUGGGCUCAAAGGAACCGACCGAGCACGUCCCCGUCCGGGAGAGGACCCGGCUGGGGCGGCUUGUUGCCGCGCCCUCUUCUCUUGCGCCUUGCGUAGGAUGUCGGCGUGAUCCAUUUCGGCUUGCGACGGGACAAAAGGACCUGAAACAAGGAAAAAUGAAUAAGUGAGUACCGCAGGAUGAGGCCGAUGGAACACCCAAUCUGAUGGCCACGUAGGAAUGCUACCCGGAUCCCCGUCCCAGGGGGAUUGGAGAUCACUAUUGAGAAGUGCCAGGACCCACCCCGCGGAGCUCAACAUCCAUUGUCCAGAGAGCCAACCGGGCGAGCCAUAGGGUAUGCUCGGGCACAAUGACCGGACGCGAAACCCAGUGAGAAGAAUACUUCCUUAUGUCCUUAACGAUUUCAGAACAUCAGAACUGAGGGACUUGUGUUGGGUUAUUUGGUAAAGCCCAAAAAGGUAAACCCAAAAGGUCGAGCCCAAACCAUUUCCAGAUCAGGGACAAUGAACGGGCCAGCUACCGGAAGCCCUAAAAGGCCCGUAUGCUCCUCGGCGGGCAGACAUGCAUCCCGCCCGGGCUGGCAAGGUCCCGCUCGGGAUAGGGAAGUCAUCGGAAAGAUAUCAGGGACAAUGAACGGACCAGAUACCGGAGCCUUGGGGCUAGCUUCUGAGUAGGCUCACUCUCGAACGAGGCUUUGCGUCCCGGCCGGGUCCUCUCCCGGACAGGGAUGCUCGGGCAGUUCCUUUGGGUCCAGCUCCUGAGAAGCACACUCUGGAAAGUCGUUGAAGUCCCGUUGGAGUCCCGGCCGGGUCUUCCCUCGGGGUAUUGGGCCAUAAACCCAAUAUCCCAACACAAGUCCCCCACUUCUGAAGCAGCGAGUAGGAGAGGUGCUUUAAAAGUAUGCUUUCUUCGUGGUACGUCUCGGCCGGGGUAUCUACUGUCUUGCAUCCCUUUUGGAGGUACCUCAUUAAAAACUCUACUGAGGAAAAACUCAGUGGGAAAAAAUCCUAACGGAGGAAAAAGAGUAUACGCUCUUAGAGGAAUGAUUUAAGACUUGAGCACCGAACGCUCAGCUUGAGACGUGGCCC